UUUCUCUUCUCAUUCCGUGAGGAGGAGGGCGGACUGCAGGAACACUACCCAAUUGUUUUGUUCUGAAAGUGUUUAGCAUUGCUAAAGGAAACAACUAGAAGCUGGACCAGAGAAUGGCAAAUACCUAUGUUGCUACGUCUGAUGGGUACUACCUCGCUGAACCCACACAGUAUUAUGAUAUUUUGCCAGAACAAUUCCAUUAUCAGCUGUGUGAUACGGAUUUCCAAGAACCACCCUAUUGUCAAUAUUCCACUGCUCAGUUUCCUCCAGCGUUACAGUCCCCAUCUUUACAAAGCCAUUUCAACACACAUGGCUUGGAUCCACAGCACAGUGGAGGCGGUUGGUGUGGACUCGACGCUCGAGAAUCUAGUCAGUCCACUUAUGUGGUUGUUCAUGAUGAUGAAGAUGAAUUCCCUGGGGCACAAAGGUGCAGACCAACUUGUUCUUUACGCUGGAAGGGACAAGAUGAGCUCUGCAUGGUCUGCGGUGACAAGGCAUCAGGAUAUCACUACAAUGCACUUACCUGUGAGGGCUGCAAAGGCUUUUUCCGGCGUAGCAUUACCAAGAAUGCAGUGUAUUCUUGCAAGAAUGGUGGUCACUGUGAAAUGGACAUGUACAUGCGCAGAAAAUGCCAAGAGUGCAGACUGAAGAAGUGUAAGGCGGUGGGGAUGUUGGCAGAAUGUUUGCUCACAGAGAUCCAGUGUAAGUCAAAGAGACUUCGCAAGAACUUCAAGCACGGGCCUGCCCUGUACCCGGCCAUUCAAGUGGAAGAUGAAGGAGCAGACACCAAACACGUGUCAUCCACCACCAGAUCUGGGAAAGGGGUUCAGGACAACAUGACUCUAACUCAAGAGGAACAUCGGCUUCUGAAUACCAUAGUGACUGCUCACCAAAAAUCCAUGAUUCCCUUGGGAGAAACAAGCACACUUCUGCAGGAGGGUUCCAACCCUGAACUAAGUUUUCUGAGACUCUCAGAGGUAUCAGUCCUGCACAUACAAGGGCUAAUGAAGUUUACCAAGGGACUCCCAGGAUUUGAAAAUUUAACCACUGAGGAUCAGGCUGCAUUACAGAAGGAGUCAAAAACUGAAGUGAUGUUCCUUCAUGUAGCCCAGCUUUAUGGUGGGAAAGACUCAACCUCUGGAAGUACUAUGAGACCAGCAAUGCCCUCGGCUGGGACACUAGAGGUGCAUAAUCCUAGCGGUGAUGAAAGUGUUCAUUCUCCAGAAAACCUUCUCAAGGAAGGCUACCCUUCUGCUCCUCUAACUGAUAUUACUAAAGAAUUUAUUGCCUCACUGUCUUACUUCUACAGAAGAAUGAGUGAACUUCACGUAACGGAUACUGAAUAUGCUCUGCUUACGGCAACAACAGUGCUUUUCUCAGAUCGUCCAUGCCUUAAAAAUAAGCAGCAUAUAGAAAACCUACAAGAACCAGUCCUGCAACUUUUGUUUAAGUUUUCAAAAAUGUACCAUCCAGAAGACCCACAGCAUUUCGCCCACCUCAUAGGGAGGCUUACUGAACUGAGAACUCUGAGUCACAGCCACUCCGAAAUCCUUCGCAUGUGGAAAACAAAGGACCCCAGGUUGGUGAUGUUAUUCUCUGAGAAAUGGGAUCUGCACUCAUUUUCCUGAAAAUUUACAGUGGUGAGGCUUGCCUUAAAAUUUCAAAAUCAAAAUUGGAUGAAUGAUUUGAAAAAAUGUGAACAAAAUCAUUGAGUUAUCACACAUCACCUUAAAAUGGAGAUCCAAAAGGCUCAUCAGGGUUUGUGGAAAUUUCAACUCUUAGAAGAUGAACACUCCAGGAUUCAUCUCAAGAUUGGAUGCAAAGAAAAAAAAAAUGGAGCCAUGUGGUGGCAUAGGCUCUGUACUUGAGAGACAGAGACAAGAGGACCCCAUGUUUAAGGCAGUUCUGGGCUAUGUAGCGAGACCUCAUCUCAGAAGAAAAAAGAGAAGAACUAAUGGCCAUCGUUUUGUCUCCAAUCCUCACCUAAAGAAACUAUUUUUUGUUUGUUUGUUUAGCUGAAACACAUAAUGUAUAAAUGUGAACACGGGUAGGUUAUGGUUAGGAUAAGGCAGUUUGUAUGCCUCACUGACUAAGGACACAUGAAUAGUGUAGCAGCUAAUGCUUAGAACUGCUUCUUCAUGAAAGAGGAACAAGCCUUUUCAAAUUGUAUCUGCUUUAUAUUUUAAAUAAGGAUGUGCUAAUUGUACAGAAUGGUAGUUUCAUUAUGGGAAUUUCAUAUGUAUAUAUUAGAUAUUUCUGGCAUAUUUGCCACCCACCCUGUGAUGCCCACACUGCCGAUGCCCUUCUCAUCCCCCUAACAUUUCCCUUCCUCUGCCGUGCCCUAAAACACCAGAUUCACACGCGCAAGAAAACAGUUUUUUAAACAAUUUUUUAUUAGAUAUUUUCUUCAUUUACAAUUCAAAUGCUAUCCCAAAAGUCCCUUAUACCCUCCCCUCACCCUGCUCUCCAACCCACCCACUUCUGCUUCCUGGCCCUGGUAUUCCCCUGUUUGGGGGUAUAUAAUCUUUGCAAGACCAAGGGCCUCUCCUCCAUUAGGCCAUCUGCAAGAAAACAUUCGAUUCCAGUCUGAGUCUGUUUUAUUUCCUUUGACAUGACUAUCUCAUCAAUAUCUGCAAAUGACAUAACUUCAUUCCUCUUAAGGAUGGAAAGGACUGGAUUGUGUAUGUAUAUCUGUAUAUAUUACAUUUUAUUUAUCCAUCUGCUGAUGACACCUAAUUUGAUUCUGUAUCUUGGCCACUGUGAAUCGUGCUAUAAUAAACCUAUGUAGGUUUUUAGAUUUUA